AUGUUGGAAAAGAAACUGAAAUGCCAAAUUGCAAGGACCAAACCAUCGGUCGAAAACGUCAUACCAUAUAACCAAUUUAAGAAGACACAGCCGCGAUUCAACGGCAACUUUUCCACACUGAAUAAUGAAGAAUACAUAAUACUCUUUGGCGGGGGCCGAGACCUGAUACUAGGCUCGCUGACACCUUGUUCGAGUACUCAUUUAUCCAACCAGGCCGACUCACAAGACCCUAGUGAGUAUGGCACAGAUCUGUUUAUACUCAACAGCUGCAUUAUCAUUUGGUUUAAUGGUUUGGGCUAUGGGCUGGAAAUUCCAUACAGUAGCGUUUUGUACCAUGCAUCGAGACAGCUGCCGGAUGGUAGGGAAGGGCUUCGACUAGAAAUCUUGCUGACUUUGGAAAGAGACGAAGUGUUGGACAUGCUCUACCAAAGCCUCGCGCCGCAGGCCAGCGAAUUCGACGGCGAAGAAGCCCAUGCCUUCACCGUGCGCAGCGUGGAAUUGACCAUUAGGCCCAAAUAUUCAAUAUACGAUCGCCACUACAACAAUGAAAUUGAAACCCUUUUCACAUUCGAGAAUUUCGGCGUGAACAGGGGCGAUGACCUGGUAAACAAUUGUAACGAAGCACUAGCCGUAUGCAUGGACCUGCACGGUGGCGACGUACAAGAUCAGGACCAAGAACAAUACCAAGAUCCGAGCAUGGCGUUUGAGGGUGCGCAAGAUCUCAACGCCACGUACUCUGGGCUAGGAGACACCCUUCAUGGUCCGCCCGUAUACCAGAACGACGGGCUGGCAGACGAUCUGGAUGGAGACCUCGUUAUGGACAACGUGGUCGCUAGGGGUGGCCCAGAAGCAAGUAUGUCUAUGGAGUUCUACGCAAAUCAAAAUCUUGCUGGCAGAAAGAACGCUAGAGACGAAUGA